AUGUUUGAAUUUUAUUUAAAAAAAAUUGAAGGAAAGAUAAGUUGCGAGGCAUGCAACAAAAAAUGUAAGGGACAGGCAUUGAAACUGCCUACCAACAAAUACUUCCAUCUCAAUUGCUUCACGUGUAAAGAAUGUAGGAAGGAUCUGUCUACGGAGGCUUACUUCAUGAGAGAAAACUCCUAUUACUGUAGGUUCGACUACAUGCGUUUGUUCCUGGCGAAAUGUGCCCAGUGUAAUGAAUAUAUUGAAGAUGAUAUGAUCAAGGUCCUUAACAAGUCUUACCAUGCCAGAUGCUUCAAAUGCUCUCAGUGCAAGAAGAACAUUGAAGCUGGAGAAAAAAUGAUUAUAAAAAAAGGUGAGAAGGUUUGUCAGAAAUGUGAAGCGGAAGAAAGUAGAACCCAACAGAUGGGCGAGUUUCAAAUGAAAGUUCCUGAAGACUCUGCUACAAAUCUCAUCAAUGGACAAGCUGCAGAAGCUCUGGCCGAUAAUGUCCACCAGUGCGACCAAAAAUUGAAAGUUAAUGGAAAGGAUGAGAUGGACGUUGCGAGGAAGAAAUUGGCGGAAGAAAUGACCGAUGGAAAGUCGGCAGCCAUCAACAGUCCUGAUUCUGAUUACAGCAUGGAGCUUAAGAAUUUGACUGAUUAUUCAAUGGAUGAAAACGUGCUGCUGAACAGCGAGCAGUCUGACGUCCACCUCUUCUCGCCCAUGUCCCUGACGUCAGGCUACAAAUCUGAUCUCUCCUACAACCAAGGUCGCCAGCUUAAUUUAGGCCACGUUUCCCCAAAUCCUGGCUACCUCAUCGAAAUUUUGUUAAAAAUUUAA